AUGGCGUCAUCGCUGAGAGAGCUCGAGGCCGAUCCGGCCCUCUACAUCUAUACCUCCCUGACGGCCGGCUCGUCGCACAUCGUGACGGCCACCUCCCGACUCGAGACCAUCCUUCGAGCCAACCGCAUCCCUUUCAAGGCCGUCGACAUGGCCACAAACGACAAGGCGCGCAUGCUCUGGGGUCGCCGUGCCGGCAAGGACCCUAACGGCCGUGUGCGAAAGCUGCCGGCUCUGGUCCAGGAGGGUUUCGUCGUGGGUGACAUCGUCGAAAUCGAAGAAUGGAACGAAUACGGCGAGCUCAAGCAGCACGUCACCAUCUUCCAAGACGAAUUCACCCAGCCGCCCAUCGGUUCCGUUCCGCCUAAGCCAAAGUACGGCAAGAAGAAGAAGCCUGCUGCCGAACCUUCCGCCGCCGGCGCCAGCCCGAGCGGUACAGCAGCGAGCGGCGUCGCAUCACAAAUGGCGCUGCCGAUCCGCACCCUAGCCGAAGAAGCCGCCGCAAAGGCUAAGGAGAAGGUACAGGCUGCGACAAAGGCCGUUAGCAGUGCCGUGGAGCCAAAACUGGAGAAGAAGGAAGAGCAGAAGGAAGAAGACAACAAGAAGGUGGAUGAGGAUAAGGCAGAAGCUGAGAAGACGGCGGCACUAGCACCAUCCGCGACUAUCGAGCCCGCUGCCGCUGCAAGCAAGACCCCCAAAGCGGCGACUGUAGAGGACGAAGAGGACGCAGAGGCUGGAAAGAUGACGACUACAACGACGACGACAACAGAAACAAAGCCAGAAGAGCCCGCGGCGACGACAACGAAACCAACAACAGAAUCCCCAGUCACAACAACCAACCCAGUCCCGAUCCCAACCCCCAGUUCCCCCGCUCAACCUCACCCAUCUUCAGCAGCAGAGGCAGCAGGCUUUGGUCUCCAAUCACCCACCUCAGGCGGGUGGAAGGACGACAGCGGGGCGUCGCGAACGGUGCAGUCGCCUACGUCGACGACGUGGCAGCCGACGGACGUGGACGCGCCGAUUACCUCUUUGCAGGGCGCUCUGAUAGCCAGUGCGUCGGAGGAGGAGAUCAAGGAGAUUGAGAGGGCGCAGACUAUUAAGGAGGUUCCUGAUGAGGAGGUUGAGGAAUAG